AUGAUGCGCCACUGCCACCAAACUGUGCACCUGAACGCGAACGGUGUUCGAGAUUACUUCACCCGCUACGGUGAUGGUAUUCGACGGGUUCUGGCCGAUCAAGGUCCAAUGCCAACCUUCAAGGAGGCACCCGUCCUGGAAAAAAUGGAAAAGUUUUUGAAUAGCAGUAUGCCGCUUGAUCAACUCGCAGCGAUGAAAGCUGAACGUGAAAGAAAUUUAGCACGGUUAGCGAGUCUCAAGAAGAAGAUUGACUAG